AUGGCCGCCGUUGAACUGGAAAUGUAUAAUAAAAUAGCAAUAAACACAUUCCCUAAUGUAAUUCCAAUGAUGUUAGGUAUCCCAGUGCAAGAAAUGAACGACACCCAGGGCUUCCACGACCAUUAUCCAUUUAUCUGGAAGGAUUUUAAGAAGGCUGGCUACGUUACCCUCAUGGGCCAGGAUGGGACUUCAAUGGCUGCUUUUCAUUACUUGCGUAAGGGGUUUAGACAGGCCCCUGUCGACUACUACAUGCGGCCCUAUAUAUGGGGACUGGAGAGAACCAACAAAAUUGGACUCUGUUCGGGGAAUAGACUUGUAUUACAAUGUAUAUUUGAUAAACUAGCAGAUUUUAUUACAACAUAUCAUGACGUUCCGAAGUUUACCUUCACGUUUAUCAAUGAUCCGUCACACGACAAUCCUAACGGUUUAGGUGUUGUAGAUCUCCCUCUGAUGCGAACACUGUCAGAUCUCAACACACGUGGUCUACUCAACAAUACCCUACUGUUAGUAUUUGGUGAUCAUGGUAGUAGAUAUGGAUCAAUUAGGAGAACAUCUCAGGGUAUUCUUGAAGAAAACUUACCUGCUUUUUAUGUUUCUCUUCCGCGUUGGUUUCGUGAAGAGCACAGCGAUUUAUACGAAAACCUCAGAGGAAAUCGAGAUAAACUAACCAGUAAUGUUGAUGUUUAUGCUACACUUCAUGAUAUAUUAGAACUUGGCAAAGGUCACGUGACGCCACGGGUCACUGGGAAAUACGGAACCAGUUUCCUUAGGAACAUCAGAAGAGGUCGAACGUGUGCCAGUUUGCAAAUACCAACUAACUUUUGUAUGUGUCAAUCAUCCAACCAUUCCUAUCCAAAUACAUCUAAGAUUGCCCACGAUCUUUCACAGCGGGUCGUCAAAGAAAUAAACACCAUGCUUUUAAACGUGUCUCAUCUAUGUGUAAAUCUGACUCUAGGCACAAUUCGUCACGUUUGGAGAUUGCGUAGCCAACUUAAGAAUGAAACAAACGACUUUUCUACUAAGAUCUACUUUGUGGUACAGUUUACUGUUUUUCCGAGUAACGCUGACUUCGAGGCAACAGUUCGAUAUUUCAAAGGAGAGUUUUCCCUUAUUGGAGACAUAUUACGUACAAACAAGUAUGCCGGGCAGUCUGACUGUGUCUUACGUCAUAAGAAUGCUAUUGUUUUGGAAAGAUAUUGUUAUUGUCGUAAAUUAAUUGAUGACUCAUAA